AUGCUGCCCUGCCUCGCCCUGCUUCUCCUGAUGGAGCUGUCCGUGUGCACUGUGGCAGGUGAUGGUGAGGUGGAACUCAGCACCAAAGCAGAGACCUGGAUAACUGUGGCCUUGGAGGAAGGCGCUGGCCCCAGCAUUCUGCUCCAGCUGCACGAGGUGAAGACGGGCAAGGCAAGCCAGUUCUUUGGGCUGAUGGGGAAGCAAGUGGGAGGAAGACCUCUGAUCCAGCCAAGAAGAAAAAAAGCAUAUCAGGUGGAACACAUGUUCCAGGGCCUCCUGGGCAAGAGAAGUCUGUCCACAGAAGGCAGAGAGGAUGAGGCCCAAGGUUCAGAGUAA